AUUUCCCCAAGGAAGGAAGGGACAGACACCAGCCUGGACUCAGGGAGAGACAGGCAUCGAUGCCAAUGAAGUCCCCUGUUUCUCAAAGGGGAAGGCUGAAGGACCUGGGACCUCAACCGCUUGCUCUCUUCAUCGGCUGAGUCCGGAAGGUUCUGGAAGAAUGGACUUUGGGUUCUUCAAGGCUACUUUGCAAGCUUCCCCCCUGUGCAAACCAACCUUCGCAGCCUAGGAGGAUUCGACGGCCGGCUCCUUUCUGCUCCGGCUAUGCAAACAAGCCAUGGCAAUCAGUCAGAGUUUUCGGCAGGUUUUGACGGAUGACGUUUUCUCCAGCCGUGAGAGAAGCAGCACGUGCCACGCCUGACCGGCGCAAGGGUCCCAGCCACGGCGGCAACGCAGGAUUUCAGCCAAUCUCAAAGAUGCAGGCAAGCGGACUCCAGGAACCUGAGCGGAACAGCAGCCUUGCGGAUCCCAGAAUUGGGAACUGGUCGUUGAUGGGAGGUUUCGACCUCGUGGGGGAUGGCAGUGCCUUGACCUCAUCGCCAGACAUCUCGUUUGGCCUGCAAAUGUUCAUCGCUUUCAUCUAUUCGGUGGUCUGCUCAAUAGGACUCCUGGGGAAUGGGCUCGUGAUGUACUUGAUCUGGACCCACAAGGGCAGGCCCACCCCGGUCAUCAACAUUUUCGUCUUUGGCUUAGCAGUGGCUGACUUCCAGCUCUCUUUGACGCUUCCCUUCUGGGCCACAGAGAUCGCCUUGGACUACAAGUGGCCCUUUGGGCAGGCCAUGUGCAAGGCUGUCCCCUCCCUCACCACCCUCAGCGUCCAUGCCAACGUGUUCUUGCUGACUGCCAUGAGUGUCACGCGCUACUGGUCCGUGGCUUCGGCCCUCAAGGACGGGUCGAGGAUGACCUCCAGCGUGGCUCAGUGCAUCACUGUGGCUCUCUGGGCCUUGGCUCUGGUGGCCACCGUGCCUGUACCAAUCUACACAAAAGUGGUGGAAUACGGCGGCAUGAAACUGUGCUUCUACAAGUUCCCCACCACUCGUCUCUUGGGCAUCUACCACCUCCAGAAGGUAGUGUUCACCUUCGUGGUCCCACUGGUGGUCAUCUUGACCUCUUACCUCCUCCUCCUGAAGCUUCUGAAGGCCCACCAAGUCCAAGGCAGCAAUCCGAACCGGCAGAGCCAGGUUGCCACCACCGUCCAGUUGGUGGUUGGAUGUUUCUUUGUCUGCUGGCUCCCCAAACAGGCGAUCACUCUUUGGGGGGCUCUGGUCCAAUUCGAAGUGGUGUCCAGGGGGGAUGCCUUUUACUUCCUCCACAAUUACAUCUUCCCCCUGGCUACCUGCUUGGCUCACAGCAGCAGUUGCCUGAAUCCUGUGCUUUACUGCUUGAUGCGCCAGGAGUUCCGGGAAGCCACAAAGGAGAUCUUCCAGAGGCUCUCUUCUGCGGCUUCUUCCUACCAGUACUUUUCCUCCCGCAAGACUUGGGAGGACGGCGUGUUGGUGGCUCUGCCCCAUAGCCCGUCUCGGAACCCCAGCAAGAUCUCUCACAGUGAAGAGAAGGAAGACUCUACCCUCUCCACCAUCUUGGAGCCGAGAGCCAAGGAGCCAAACGCAGUCACCGAAGUGGAGUUGAUCCCUGGGGUAGAAAUGCUCAUGUGACCCUCUGCAAGUUGGAGGAAACACUUGAAUUACUGAAGGACCCCGGGGCAAAGAUUCCUGGAUGCCGAGGAAAACCGGUUCGUGAUCAUUUUCUGACCUGACAGAAAAGUUUUGUUAUCAUAGAACUAGAGGGGGCUUCUUUGAGCUGGGGGUCUCCAGAACUGACCCCCCCAAAGGAUCUGUGGCCAGUUCUCAGCCUUGGCACCUAUGAGGCCAUAACAGAGCUCCCUUGACCAUAUGCAGAGGGCGUUUCUUGCUACUAUGCAUCUGUGGUUAAAAUAAAGGACUUCUAUGAUAGUUAGGCAGGAUUGAGCCCCUGCACCUACCUGCUUAGAACUAAUCAUGAGAAAUGGAGAUCAGAAAGAUACCUUGAGAUCCCCCCCCAGGGUCAUCAUCUAUGGCCAGAUUAGUUAUGUCAAAUUCCUCAUUCUGUAGCAUUUCAUGCCGGAAAUUGGCCAAAGAGAUUCUUAUGAGUUUGCAAGGGGAGGAAGUAAGCUGAAUGUCAGAGAUCCUUCUAACCCCUGUUAAAAUAUAAGCCAGGCUAGUUUUCUGUGAUGAGUUGAUAGCCUGGGUGAUGGGCCAUUUAGAGAAACAAAGGGUGUCUGUGUGAGACAGCAGCUUGGAAAUUGUUAGGCCAAAGCCUGAGUUUAGAAUUGAGUUGCAGUGAUGUGACCUAAAAGGAAAGCAGCAAGAUGGAGUCAAAGAAAUGUUUGAGUGCAAUGUUUGAUUUCUGUAUGAAGCCAAGGUUGCAGCUAUGGGAGAAACAAGACCCUUUUCGGGUCUUGUGAUCCCCUCCAUCUAGGCUCAGGCUGUAUAUGUGUAAAUAAACCAUAUAUUCU